AUGGCGCUGCGAGAUUGCACGCCUUCCGUGCUCCGGUCUCUUCACUGGGCAUUAAGUGCCAGCGAGGAUGGCAAACGGCAGAGUCUCCUCCGGCCCCUCGUGCAUGAGGAGUUCGGCCAGUGCACUCUCCUGACACUGCCCAAAUCCGAAGGCCCCGAGGAGACCACGACCGGAAGGACUAAGCCGCAGCCCAAAAAGGCUCGCAUCCAAAAGAGCCAGAUACGGCUUCAGAGUGCCAAGGGCCUGCAAAGCCCCUUGCACUGGAUCUGUGCACACGACGUGUUGGAGACGGGUACUGGAGAAUGCUUGGGAGGGUGGCCAUCCCGAUGCAAUGGGGAACGCACCACCCGCAGCGCCGGUCUGGCGCGCAGCCUGGCCCGGCAGUGGCCCGAAGCGCUCCUGCUGCGUGAUACCCAAGGCCUGUGGCCUUUGAGCUACUUUGAGACCCACUUCUGUGAAGAUUGUUUGCCACACAGCCCACAGAGAGAGCUCCUGGUCAGUUUGUUGCAGAGCUUGCGUGCCUGGGCGGCGCAAGACCCUGAAGCUUUGCUGGUGGCCUUGGAUCCGCAGGCUCUGCGCAGCCUUGCCUCGGCGCUGACCAGGGUCGAGGCUGAAGCCGAGGCAUCGGGCGAGAGGGCAGCGUCUCAGGCUUGGCGUUCUCUUUGGGAGCUCACGGGUGAGGCAGCGCAUCGAGGCCGUCGUUGUGCGGCACUGGAAGCCACUGAGCUCCGUCAAGACGCGGAGCUCUGGCGCCAGCGGGGCGAGGAGGCGCGUCUCCGCCUGGACGCGCUCCGCCGCCUCCAUGGCGAGCCGUGUCGCACCGGCGCGCGGGCGGGGCCGGGCGCGAGGGCCGUGCCCUGGGCAGAGCGGCGGGUGGCCUAUGAGGAGCGUUUGGCCGAACUCCACGCGGAAUUGGGCCGGCUGCCGGAUGGCCGGGUGGUUGCUGAAACGGCGCGCCCAAGUGUAGCGGUGGUCGCGAGUCCUGAGUUGCCAGAGGAGGAAUCCCGAGCUGAGUCGGGUGCCGAUGCGGAGGGUCCGCAGGGCCUCAUCGCCUCCCUCCGGCGCCAUCGCAUCGGAUGUCCGUCCCCGUCGGGCGGCUUCCUGCGAAGUGCACUGGGCGCGGCGGUGGAGCGCUUGGCGGUGGACCUCUAUGAAAUGGAGAGCCACUUCGUGUAUGAGUUGCUCCAGAACGCGGAUGAUAACGGCUAUGCCGAGGACACCAGCCCUUGGUUGAAGAUGGAGCUCCACCAAGACGAGAAUCAGAACUAUUUCUUCUUCUCUGUGAACAAUGAGCUCGGCUUGACUGCCAAGGACGUGCGGGCCCUCUGUGACGUGAAUGCAUCCAGCAAGAUGGGCAGGGAGAAUGUGACAGGGCACAAGGGCAUCGGCUGGAAGAGCUGUUUCCAGGUCUCUGAUUGCCCUCACAUGCUUUCCGGAAGCUUCACCUUCAAGUUUGAUGUGAAGAAGUUGGGCAAGAUGGGCUAUGUCACACCCACUUGGGUCCACGAGGAGGAGCUCCACCAGCUUCCGCCAGAGGUUUGGGAGGCCUACGAUGCUGGCUACACUGUGACCUACUUGCCCUUGAGGCCGGGCACAGAAGAGGGCGUAGAACUGGCAUUGGCAGACUUAGAGGAGCAUUUGCCAUGUCUUCUCUUUCUGCGACGGCUACAACGCUUGGAGUUUCGCUUUCCGCCGUCCACGCCCCGCUCGCCGACCUGCGACGAUCGGCGAACGAGCCUCGACGCUCGCUGGGUGAGCUUCAGUCUUGAGGUCCAUGGACCUGGCCGGAAGGCGGUGCGGGCCAGCCGAGCAGGAGGAGAUUCGUGGCGGACGUUCUUGCUGCACCACCACCAAGUGUCGUGGGAGCAGAAAGACAUGUGCCUCACCCUGGCCUUUCCAAUUGCUGAGGACGGGGAACAGCUGAUGCCUCAGGCCCUCUACUGCUUGCUGCCAGUGCGGAAUCUCGGCUUCGCCUUUUGCAUUGAUGGCCCGUUUGAGCUGAUUGCCAGCAGGGGUGACCUGCAUGAGGGCAGCUGGCGGAACCAGGUGCUUUGUGAAGCUUUGCCCCAUGCCUUUGCAAACGCAUUGGAGAUGCAUCCUUCCCUGGCGCCGCAUGCCUUGGCUUUUCUGGGCCAUGCUGAGCCUUCGCCUUUUUGGCAAGCAGUCCAUGCCCGUCUUCUGGAGCAAAUGCAUGGUACCGCCUGUGUGCCUUUGGAGGACGGUGGCUUGGAUCUACCCGAGAAUUGCUUGUUGCGACCAGGAGGCGGUCUGGCGCUGGGCGCCUCACGGCUGGUGCCGGCAGAACUGCUCCUGCGGAGCUGUGGAAAGCGCUGGGCGCGGGCAACGACUUCAGCGCUGGGCUUGGAGGAGAUUGGCUUAGAGCAUUGGCUGCAGAUCUUGCGCUUCAGAGAUUCGGAUUGGCCCAAAGGCCUGUGUGGCUCAUGGCUCUCUGGUGAGGGUGAUUUGGAGCCCUUCCGCACGCUCUUCGGCUACUUGGGGGAGCUACUGGCAGUGGCAGAGGACCCUUCAGAGGUUCUGCAGCUGCUUUGGGACCUGGAGCUUCUACCCGUCGAGAGCCAGGAGGGGCUCCGGCUGUUCCGCCCGCGGGACCGGGUCUGCUCGCGGCGCGGGCGGACCGGUCCGGCGUGGGCUUGGCAGCGGCUGGAGGGGCAGAUCAGGGUGCUCAGCGAGUCCUUGACGCACCUCGACGGUCCGGCGGGCACCUUCCUGCACGUGGCCCUGGAGCCCUUGGAGGAGGCUCAACUCAAAGAGCGGCUGCUCGCACGGCUGGCGCAGCCUGAGGGGCCUCCAGAGGUGCAGUGGGCUGCGCUGGCUGUGCUGCAGAGCCUCUUUCUGGAGACUCCCUGGGAGAAGGUGAACCAGGUCUUGUGGUUGCCCUCCUUGGGGGAGCCGCGGCUCUUCCCCGCCCACCGCCUGGUCAUGGCCUCCUUCCUCGGUUGCGCGCUGGACGGAGACCGGGCGGUGGCCGCCGCCGCGUCGGCCGCGGCGAGCGGAACGGUGAAUGGACGGGUGGCCAGCAGCUGCGCCGCGGGCUUACCAUUGCAGGCAAGAUUUGUGGAUCCCGAGUAUUUGAGCUAUGGUGAUGCCAUCUCCUGGGAGUCCUUUUUGGAAGUCUUGGGCGUUCGGCCGCUGUACCCGAUCCGCAGCGAACUGCCUUGCUUCGAUCCGCCCGCGAAGGCGCCCGCGGUGAGCUCGACGGCUUUGCCCCAGGUGGAGUCCGCCAGUAAAUCUGCCAAGAUCUGGGCCCAGCGGAAGCUCGAAGGCUUACAGCAGUCGCCCUUGGGAGAGGCCUCCACGCCUAUCUAUCGCGCAGAGGAGCGGAAGAAGCUCAUCAUGGUGCCUUACCAGCGCCUUCAAGCAAAGCAGCUGGUCGCCCAGCUGGUCUCGGCGGAGUGGUGGCGACGCCUGUGUCCGCAGAGCUUUGACUACCUCUUGAAGCGGCUGAAGGAGGUGGACAGCAGCUGGCUGCGGAGCACCGCGUGCGGGACGCCUCCAAGGCCCUUGGCAGAGUACCUCAUCCAGGGCAGUGAGCUCGCCCAGCUCUGCGGGCCCUUCCUGCCCGUGGCAGCACUACCAGAGACCCGUUCCAGAGAGGUGAGGCAGUGCCUUUCACAGUUGGGGCUACUGGGUGACGUAACGCCCAAGAACCUGCUCCGCUGCCUGGAAGCCAUCGCCCAAAACUGUCAGGACGUGGCUCUGUAUGUCGCGCUCUACCAGCGCUUGGCACUCUACGACUUGGAGGAGCAUCUUCCGGCGCUGUCGCAGUUGAUCUUUGUGCCUGGGCAUGGCAUUUUGACCUCGGAGAAGUGUGCCUGGCGAGAUUCUCCCCUGAUGCAACUGGCUGAGGUCCCGGCCUUGUCAGCUCACUACGAGCGCCAUGGCCCGCGGAUGGAGGCUUACUUCUUGCGCCUGGUGAAGCUACAUUUCUCCUUCUCACCUCCGCACCUGCUGCAUGCCCUGCGUCGGCUGGUGGAGCGGGUCAACUCGGGGGACUCGGCGGUGCCGGGUCAGACUGGCCUGGAUGGACUGUUGGAGACGGCGACUGGGAUCUACUCACAGCUGGCCAUCUACCUGAAAGAUCACCAGUCGGAGGCGACCUUCGUGCUACGAAGCUUCCGCAACGAGCGGCUGGUGUUGCUGAGGCCGACGUCCAACGGCCUGCCCAAGCGGCUCAUGGCAGAGGAGUGCUGGUGGCAGGUGGGCGCGGAGCUCGCGGAGGUGGAAAGCGUGCAGAAGUUGGCGCUCUGCCGUUUCUACAGCAGCGAUUUGCAGCCCUUCUUUCUGGCCAUUGGCGUCCAUGAAGCCCUUUGGAUCCAGGGGGAGGCGAUCUCGCGCGCGGCGCUGCGGAAGCUUCUGCAGCGGCCGGCGGAGCUCACGAUGUCGAAGUGGCACCUCAGCCUCUCCGCCCUUUCAGCCUCCACGGCGAAGCGAUCCCCAUGUACCAGCCAUGCGGACCAGGGAGGAGACGCGGACCAGGAGCUUGAGCGCUUGCAGCGAGAGGAGGAGGAACGCUCCCAUGCCCAACGCUCGUCUCGGCCCAACGCUCGCGUGCUCCGUGGACUGGGUUCAGGUAGCGUUGAUGCUGGUCCGGUGGAUGCUGGGUCGGCUGCUGCUGCAGAGCCUGAAGAGGGCGAGGGCGAGGACAACGAGGCGGAACGCGGCACAGACGCGUUCUCAGACGGUGUUUCGGAUUCGUCGGACUCGUCAGACGGGGAAACCGCAGCACGAGGUCUGGGCGCUAGUGUGCCUUUUGUGAAACACUUUCACUUUGCGCUUUGCCAUGGAGACUCGUGGCCCGGCUCUAGCACUACACUCUUCCUUGCCUUGCUGUUAGUUGUCUUGCAAGUGAGGCGCUUUCAACGGCGUCGCCGGGUGCGAGUGCUGGCGAUGGUCUUCAAGGAUCUCCUCAUCACUUUGACGGCGUUCUUGCUGACGGCCCAGCCUUGUUUAUGGCUUUGGUCCUUCUUCUUUGCUCCACUCUGGCGGCUGCUGUCAAGCCUUCCUGGACUAGAGAAGGUCGAUCCGGGCCCUGCUCACUGGGAAGAGAUCUUGGCUUUGGCAGUGCUCCUCUGGCUGCUUUUGCGGAAUGCCUACAUCGUUUACCAUGGCAGAGUGCAGCGGCAUCAGAGUCAGGCCCGUCUUGAUGCCCUCGUGCGGGUCGUGCUGGAGAAACCGCCCGCAAGGGUGUCUGUGGACCUGGACUUUGAAACCCCAGCCGCCUGUGCCAAAAGCAGCGGUCAAGGAGAGGUGGCUGAGGAGGAACUACAGAAGCUGCGGAAGGCCUUCUGCAGCCUUUACGUGGUGGCCGCCUUUUGGGAGGCGAGCGCUGCCAGCCCAGGCAAUUUUACCAAUGGCACCUCCAAUGUGAGCGCGAACGAUCUGGCCCUCGCAGUGUUGACAGAUGAUGCCGGGGCCAACCACACGGGGAGUCCAAACCUUCUGCAGAUGUCCUCUUCGCGUGAAAGUGGUUUCGAGUACCACAAGGAACCAUUCCCACCUGACUGGCGGCAUGAUGGGCUCACAGUUCUCUUAGCUUCCUUGGGCCUCAUUGUGGCCGCGUCGGGUGGCAUUGGCGGUGGGGGCAUCCUGGUGCCGCUCUUCAUGCUUGCGCUGGCGCUCACGGGGCGCGUGCGCGUGGCGUGCGUGGCGUGCGCAGCGCGUGCGCAGCGCGUAUCAGAGCUUUCCAGCAUCUUCGAUGUGCUCAAGGGAGCUUACAUGAAGCAGUUAAAGGCUCACAUGGAGGAGAACGGCGACUCAACUUCAGCUGGGGAAUGUGAGAUGAAGACUGGAGAGGCAUUGUCUGCACGUGAAGCCUACAAGCGCUACCAGGCCUACUUGGAAGCUGCUCAGCAUAAGCUGGACACCAUGAACUUGGAGGAUGGGAAGCCGAAGGAUCUGCCAGCUUGUGAGCCGUCUACCAGCGAGGGCCCUUGUAGCAAAGACGAUCAGCUCAGGUUGGCCCAGAAAGCCAAAAGUGAGUCCAAGUCAAAGGGCAGGCCGCGUGGCAAGGCGAAGGCGAAGGCGAAGGCCAAGGCCAAGGCCAAGGCCAAGGCCAAGGCCGGGCCAGAGGCCGAGGCCAACGCCCCUGUGGAGAGGGAGAAGGAUGCGGAGGAUGUGCCUGCCAAAAGGCGUCGGACUUCAGCAGCCAAGACGGCUGAGUUCAAUGAAGCGGAGCAUGGUGAGCUUUCGGAGCCGGUCAAGAAGAUGCUGCAGCAGAAGGUGGUCCCGCACACCUUUGGCGGACGCGCUUGCCCGACCAAGGGAUGGGGCCUUGAGAAAUUUGCCAGGACAGUGGACGCUUACCGUCAGAAGGUUGAGCCGUUGGGGAUGAGCUUCUUGAAGGAGCUCCGUGGUGUGAAGCGAGAGGUGCUCGCAUUUGCGUGCAUGCUUCUCAUUUGGAAUAGUGAGGUGGAUGGCACACAGGACCUUCAUUUCUUCGAAUCAUUUGCUGGGUGUGCCAUGGCAACCCGCGAGGUGCAGUCAUGCUUUCCGGCUCUGGCUGCCAGAGCUUUAGAUGUUGAGUACAGUCGGACCUUGGACUUGACCUCGCACAGUGGAAUGGGGGCAGCUCUUGCUUCCAUCUUACAGGGACGAGAUGAUGGCUGGGUCCAUUGGUUAGGGGUUCAGUGCGCGACCUGGGUUGCUACCUCCAGAGGCAGUACUGGCAGGAGCGCGGCAAACCCGGAAGGAUUAGAUGGAGAAGUUCGUUGCAUGACUGUUGCCAACUUUCUGGCCUGUAGGGUGGCUCUUCUGUGCAUCGCCACAGUAGCUUUUUGUGGCACUUGGAUUGUGGAGCAGCCCCGCAGCAGCCUUCUUUUCGACCAUUACAGAAUGAAGGAAUUGUUCGACUACUUUGAUGUUUUUCGAUGCAACUUCUGGAUGUUCCAUUAUCAAGCACCAACACCGAAAAGGACGAGCUUGUGGUCCAGUAGCCCAGCCAUUGGAGUGUUUUGGACCAUGCGGUUGAAGAAACACGUGUACCGGAAGGCUUUGAAAGAUCGUGGAGCCGAGCAAAAGCCAUGUCGUACCUACAAAGAUAAAGAAGGCCGUACUCGCUAUCAUGGAACUCCUGCCCUCAAGUCUACAGAGCGAUACACGAAAUGCUUUGGAGAGAAAAUUGCCUCCAUGCUUGAGAAGCUGAAGCCAAAGGUUGUUUUGAGAUCCCAUGAUGACUCAGCAGAUGCCAUUCGCAUCUGGCAGUCGUGGGAGUGGGGUGACAAAUGGAAUGAUGCAGAGAUGGUAGCUCUCUGUCAGUAUUUGUAUGGGGCUUGCGCUCUAAAGGUUCCUCUGGAGUGGAAGAAAGUCCUUCCGCGGGAACUGUGA